CAAACAUUAGAUGAAUGGACAAAAUUAAAAAAUGGCAAUGCCUUCAGUCUUCCGCUUUUCAUUAUUAGUUUCAUUGCUGUUAGUAGAAGGCCUCUAGCUUUUAAACACAGAAUUUCGAACCACGUGUGAACCACGAUGUAUUCUUCCGAAAUCCUAGGAGAAAAGCAAAGCACUAAGAAGUCAAAGAAAUCACUGGGAGACAUCCAAGGAGAUGGAAGCUUUGUCAUAGAACCAUCAGAAAAGCCAGUAGCUAAACUUGAUUGUUCACAGUGGCCGUUGUUACUUAAGAAUUUUGACAAGUUGAACACCAGGACAAAUCACUAUACCCCUCUUCCAAAUGGAUGUUCACCACUGAAGAGACCAAUUAAGGAUUACAUUCAUGGUGGUUUUAUUAAUCUUGACAAGCCGUCUAAUCCAAGUUCACAUGAAGUAGUUGCUUGGGUUAAGAGAAUAUUACGGGUGAAAAAAACAGGCCAUUCUGGCACACUGGAUCCUAAAGUGACAGGUUGUCUGAUUGUUUGCAUCGAUCGUGCUACAAGAUUAGUUAAAUCUCAACAGGGUGCUGGUAAAGAGUAUGUUGCCAUUUUUAAGCUUCAUUCCUCUGUUGAAGACACAAACCAGAUUCCAAGAGCUCUAGAAAAGUUGACUGGAGCCCUCUUUCAACGACCACCAUUAAUUUCGGCUGUUAAACGUCAACUUCGGGUGCGAACCAUCUAUGAAACCAAGUUCCAUGAAUACGAUGCCGAGAGGAAUAUGGGUGUAUAUUGGCUUAGUUGCGAGGCCGGAACGUACGUUCGAACCCAUUGCGUCCAUCUCGGAUUAGUGUUAGGUGUUGGAGCUCAGAUGGCAGAAUUAAGAAGAGUUCGUUCUGGGAUACAAAGUGAAAAAGAAGGAUUAAUGACUAUGCAUGAUGUUAUCGAUGCCCAAUGGUUACAUGAUAAUCAUAAGGACGAGACGUAUUUGAGGCGAGUGAUUCGCCCCCUUGAAGCGUUGAUGAUGUCUCACAAACGUAUCAUCAUGAAAGACAGUGCUGUGAAUGCCGUUUGUUAUGGAGCCAAAAUCAUGCUGCCGGGUGUGUUGCGAUAUGAAAACGGAAUUGAGUUGAAUGAGGAGAUCGUGAUAGUCACAACCAAAGGUGAAGCUAUCGCCCUUGCCAUUGCAUUGAUGACGACGACAACUAUGGCUUCGUGUGACCAUGGAAUAGUGGCCAAAAUUAAGCGUGUUGUUAUGGAGCGUGACACCUACCCUAGAAAAUGGGGAUUAGGGCCUAAAGCUUCUGUGAAAAAAUCUAUGGUGAAACAAGGAUUGUUGGACCAGUAUGGAAAGCCAAAUGAUAAAACACCCAAAGAUUGGUUAACCUCAUACGUGGAUCUUAACAACGUCAAAAAGGAAAAAGUUGAGCAGUCUGAUGAUAUCGAGGAUAGAAAGCGGAAGUUGAGUGAAACGAGCAUGGUCGCAGAGUCCCAGUUAGAAUCUAUGCCGGAAACAAAAGAAAAAAAAAAGAAGAAAAAGGAUAAAGAAAGGGAAUUACUUGGUGAUGGUGGCGAAGCCCUCGAUGCAACCCCCGAGUCGUUAACUGAAACAAAAGAAAAAAAGAAGAAGAAGAAAGAUAAAGUCUCUACCAAUGAUGAGUCUUUGAAUGUAGAGGACAGUACAACAAUGCAGGAGCUCGAGCCAGGAAAGAAGAAGAAGAAAAAGAAAGAUUCAGAACACAAUGACUGAGCACCAUUAAAAUAUAUUGAUGCAUUUUGUUUGCAACAUAAUACACGUUUCAUUUUACAGCUUCGAAA